UGAUGAGGGGGCAGUAUUUUCAAUUUCAAAUAUGUACACAACUUGCAAUACUAUUUCCACUUAUUUAACAACAAAUGAAAAAUUUGUUGCAGAUAUGUCUUUUUUCUUUAGGAACUCAUUAUUGAUUUGGAUACCCAUUGCCCUGAGCACAGAAAGUUGUUGAAUUUGGAGCCAUAGUUACUGGGACCAAGCACGGGGCCUAAAGCUCUCAACUUUGUUUGAUUUUCUGGGAGAUUUUCGAUCAAUCCGGUUUUCUUUUGUUGCUGACCCAGAUGGUUUCCUGCUAGGAACUGUGUCUUGGUUCCUGACUCCUAUCUUCAGGUACCCAUUUGAUGGAUCUUGUUGAAAUUGAAAUUGUUACAUUCAUACGAUGAUUUUGGUUACUAGCUUUGAUUGCCGAGGAAAUGAAGGGAACUAUGUAUAAUUCUAGAUCUUGCUUAAGCUUUUGUUCUGAAAACUUGUUUGGUUCUUAGUCAAAGUAACACAAGUAGUUGAGCAUGGUUGUUUGAACUAGACUUUCUGAUUUUGCUAUCUUUCUUUCUUGGUUUCUUCUAUGCGAUGAGGUACACUUCAUCCUUCUUUGUUGUUAGUGAUCCUCAGGCUUAUGAGUUAUCUGUAAAGUUGAGUUGAACUUCUUUGAUCAAUGAAGAUGCUGCUGGUUUUCUAGCACGAAGUAGUUGCCAGAGGUGGUGUCAGUGGCAUAUUGAUCAAUGAAAGUAUGCAUUAUUAGUAUUUUUAUCGGAUAUGAGUAGGUCUCCUUCCUUUAAAGUCAGAGAAGAACUUCUUCCCAGUCUUGAUCCCGAGUCUUUACAGAGAUGGAUAGUUGGCUUUUGUGCUAUAAGGUUUGAUCUUGAACAGGGCCAGCUUGUAGAAGUAUGUUAUCCGCCUGGCUGUCUUACGAAUGAUGAAGAGCUGGAGAUUGCAUAUAGUUCGUUUCCGGAUUCCAUUUCCCAGCAACAAAACCGCUCAAGCAUUCAUGAUUGUAUCUUCUUUUUCCGAUUUCGUAGGCACCUCAAAUCUCAAUCCACUGAACUUGACAAGGACUUUUCUCCAAAUAAAAACAAUGUCGGUGAAGAAUUAUCCAGUACAAGCAGUGCUAAUGUUUCUAAAUACAUGUAUGGUUUUGUCUUUAAUAGACAGAUACAUGAUGAGAGGCUAAAGCGAGGAGGGGAGCAGAAGUCUGUGGUUGUUUUGUCCCACAGUCCUUAUUCAAGUGUGUUUAGACCUUUAUUACAGAUUAUAGGUCCCUUAUAUUUUGACUUUGGUAAGGUAGCACUGGAGCAUAUUGCAGCUUAUGUUUCAGCAUGGCCUGCUCCUGUUCCUGGAAAGCUAAUGGAUCUUCCGAUUGGGAAUGAGACCCUUAAAGUGAACUUGCCACCUGUUCACUGCUUGCCUUUGGAAAAUGGAUUAUCUUUUGAUGAGUCUGCUUCUCCUGUGGCACCUUUACUUCCUAGUAAUCAGUCUAUUCCACAGGGCCUUUUUCAUGAUGCAGAUAUUUUUGGUGCUUUCCGUGGCAUCUUAUUGCAGCUUUGGUUGUUAUGGGAGUUGUUAGUCAUUGGUGAACCAAUUCUGAUCAUUGCACCAACCCCUUCCCAGUGUUGUGAGGCCGUUGCCAGUCUUGUGAGUUUGAUUGCACCAUUACUUUGUAGUGUUGACUUCCGGCCUUAUUUUACCAUUCAUGAUCCUGAGUUUUCACACUUGAACUCAAUUCGGGAAGGGGAAACCUUCCCCCCAAUGGUUUUAGGGGUGACAAAUCUUUUCUUCCUUAAGGCUCUCCGGAAAAUCCCCCACAUUGUUUCAGUUGGAAGUCUCCAUCCUAGUUCAAAUAGGGUUUCCCUUUCAACUAGGUCUUCUGCUGGCAAAGUUUCUGGUAGACCUGAUGGUGGGCUUCAACAACUUUCCCUACAGAGCCUACAGAAGUUUUCUCCUUCAAGUUUACUGAAUGCAAUUAAGCUGCGGAGAGAUGGUCCUCUUUGUCUCAUGACAGAACAUAAGGAAGCCAUUUGGACUACAUAUUCUGCCAUAACUAAGCCCGAAACCUCUAUUUUAAAUAGGCUUGUAGAUGCAGGCAUGUCACCAAGAGUUGAGGAAUCAAUGUCAGUUGUUAACAAUGAGAUAUUACGGCGGCAUUUCUUGGAGCUCACAACUAAUUUCUUGGCCCCUUUUGGUCCAUAUUUUAGGAUCACAGCUCCAUUGGAAGGAUCUUCUCCUUAUGUUGAUCCUCCAUCUUUGCCUCCAUUUAGUGCUGAUGAAUUUCUUUCAAGUUUAUCAACCAGAGGUCCAGGGAAGUUCAUUUUGAAGAGAAUGAAGUCUAACUGGCUCAACUUCUACAGGCGGUUCCUGAAUGGACCCAACUUCAUGCCUUGGUUUCAGAGGAGGCGUGCUGUAGCUGAACGGGAACAAGAUAGAUUGUGGAGGCAUUCAAGAAUGAAAACUGAUAUGCAACAGCUUGUAUCUAAAAUGUCUGAGUUGGAAAUUGUGGAUUCCUUCAAUGUUAUAGAGAAACUUCUACAUAGAGAAUUGCAGCUGCAGCAACCUGGAAAUGGAGGUAUUGAUUCUACUGCAACUUGUGAGAAACUAAUGAGAGAUCUUCAAGCAGUUUUCAAUGCGCUUACAAAAGAUAUGCAACAAAUCAUGCUUUCAAAUCCAGAAAGGGCAUCCCUUCUUCAACGUAUUGUGAAUUGACAGUGCAUCCCAGUGAACAAGCUGGGGACAUGUCUUCUGCAUCGCCCAAGUCAAUGGAAAAAGCAUGAAACAGGUGGUCUUCUUAUGGUCCUCAAAUACACCCUUGAAGUCAUUGCCUCUGUCUGAGGGAAUUUCUGUAACCUGACACAUCAAGGGUUGUUUCUGCAGUAAUAUGCAAACAAGAAAAAAAAUAUAUGUGAAUGAAGAUGACAAAUAACACAUCCCUUCAAUUACAGAGUGUGGUCCUCUUGAAAUGGAUUGUUUGAUACCACUUUACUUCUUAUCAUA